GAGAUGAAGGACCCAGUUCAAUUUACUUCACAAACUGAUACAGGUGGCUAAUUGGCUAUUUGUAAGAAAAGAUGAGUGAGUUGGGUUCAUAUUCUACCUGGAACAUAACAGGAACUUACAGAGGUGUGCCAUGUGUUGCUGCAAUUGAGAAUAUGAGCCAUUUUGAUGCUGAUGGGAAGCGUCAUUACCCAUUUGGUAAAGGCUUAGGCUCAGAGGUUGUAAAGCAGUUUGGUAUCCCUAAUCUAUUUGAUUUUCCCAUUAGACCAACUCUAUCUGCGUCUGGAGAUCGUGGAGUACCUGAAGUGGUAGCUGAUCCUCUAGGUGAAGUUUCUAAGACAUUUCAGGAGCUUGGAAUAUGUGUUGUGCAACAAUAUAUGUGCUAA